UGAAGUUGAUAAUAGUACUAGAGCCUUGAUCACUACUUGAUUUUUCCGUUCGGCAGGCUGUAUAUGAAAGGCUUGUUCACUACUUAAACUGAAGUAAUGAAAGAAGGAAAUUAUCCAUACGAAACACGAGCAGAAAGUUAGAGAUACGAGUUCUGUCAAACGAACGCUAGUUAUACUAGUUCUAGUUGCCAGUCAUGGGUCAAAGCAGCUCGAAACCUCAAUCGUUCCAGCCCAGCUACAAAAAUUACCAUCUAUCCUCGCCCCUGACUGACAUCCAGUUGUCGUAUGACGUCAUUAUCGUCGGUUCCGGUUAUGGCGGCUCGAUAGCAGCAAGCCGCUGCGCACGCGCAGGGAAGAGUGUUUGCCUUCUGGAGAGAGGCAAAGAAUGGAGGCCGGGCGAUUUUCCCGAGACCGGACUGGCGGGGCUGAAGGAAUUGCAGCUGACCCAACAUGGAGAGAAAUACAUGCAAGGUAACCCCACCGAUCUGUUUGACGUCACCAUAAGCCCGGAUGUUCUAGUGCUAAAGGGGUGUGGCCUAGGCGGGACGUCGCUCAUUAAUGCAAAUGUGGCUCUCGACUGCGACCCGAGGAUAUUUAAAGAUAAGGUAUGGCCCAAAGCACUGCGGGACGACUUGGACACACUGAACGGCGUCGAUCGAGAGCUUGUCCUAGAUAUGAUGAAGCCGACCGAGUACCCGUCACACUACCCAGAGCUACCGAAGCAGAAAGCCUUCAAGACUGCCGCUAUACACCUAGCAGAUAUUGAGGAUCUACCCCUGGAUAAGAUUUAUAAGAGUACCCCGAUUUACGUAAACUUUGAGGAUCGUCAGAAGAACCACGUUGGUAUCCCGCAACCAGCGUGUAACAACUGCGGCAACUGCUGCGGAGGUUGUAAUACGGGAGCAAAGAACACCUUAAAUAUGAACUACCUUCCUGAUGCCAAGGCACAUGGUGCUCACAUCUUCACGGAGGUUGAGGUCAGGGUCAUUUCUCGAGACGACGAACGCGCCGAGUGGCGCGUCCAUUACGCCCCUUACGUCAACGGUGACUUCAACGCAACGCAACGCGUCAUAACCGCUCCGGUGGUCAUCCUCGGUGGGGGCGCCCUUGGCUCGACCAACAUCCUGCUGAAUUCAAAAAGCCGUGAUAUGCUGGAGCUUUCCUCGCGGCUCGGCCAGUCGUUCACUACGAAUGGAGACACGGUUGGGUUUAGCUACAACACCAAGAUGCCGUUAAAACCGGUUGGGAUCUCCACUAAGGAGGCCAGAAAGGACAAGGGAAAAGGACCCGGUCCCGGGAUCACCAAGGUGAUCGAUCUACGAGACCGGAACAACAAGGGUGUCGAGCACAGCUACGUGCUGGAAGACGGCACCGUCCCCUCCGCCGCCGAGCUCCCGUAUAAGUUCAUCUUGAAGUGGCUAGAGGCACCUCACAGCGCUGUCGACACCACGCCGGGAGAGGACGACUGGAGGGAACUAGCUCGACACAUCACAGGGAAGGCAUUCACCAAUACCGCAUGUAUGUUGGCCAUGAGUGUCGACACGUCCGAAGGUGUCGUUCGACUGGACGAAGAGAAUGGAAGAGUCUGGAUCGACUAUCCGGGCGUAGGGGACGGCGAAAACUUCAACACAGUCCACGAAGGUAUAAAGGAAGCCACGGCCUCGCUGCACGGUCACUACAUACCAAACCCCCUCUGGGCUGGUCUCUUCGCUAAGCUGAGACACACUAAAGGUGUAACUACGGUGCACCCUCUCGGUGGGUGUGGCAUGGGCGAGACAGGUGAAGAGGGUGUGGUCAGCCACGAAGGACAGGUUUUUGUUGGCAAUACAUCAGAUGUACAUCCGGGUUUGUACGUCAUGGACGGUGCGAUCAUUCCACGUAGUCUUGGAGUCAACCCCAGUCUGACUAUUGCUAUGGUGGCCGAGCGAUGCAUGCGCCUACUUGCGGAUAAACACGGCUGGAACAUAGACUACGUGAGCGACAAGAAGUACAACUUUUAAAACUGAAGAUGAGGACAUUUCAGCUUAGACUGGUCCCUUGUCUUUAUCUGCACAGAUGAAGACAUGUACUGCUUUUACAGAACCAGUGAUUUCAUUGGAUACAAUAUUUUCAUUAGAUAACGUGCAGUGACGUAGGCUACCCAUGUUUGUGUUUUGAUUGGUCCAAGGUGAUUUGGGUGCAGCUGACAUGCAUCCCCUCUGACCAAUCAAAACACACGGAAAGCUUACUUUCGGUCGUCUGCAUGUGUAGUAGGGGUAGAAAAUUCAUUGUGUUAUUAUUCAAGUUAGUUAAUUCCAGGUUCUAGUUAAUAAUUGCCCUUUCCUGUUUACAUUGUCCCUUCAGCUGUUUUAUUGCACCACUGUACAUGUAGGUUGUUAUUUCUUAGAAGUCUUUUGUUACAUGUUGGUAAACAGUUUCUUAAUCCUUUGGUAGUGUAUUCACCCAUACAGUGCAUUGUAAAUAAUCAGAUAGCAGCCUGGUAGCGCAGGGAGCACAUGUGUUCUAGCUCUCUCUUCUUCAAGUGUUGAUUUUCUUCACCAUGUAAUUUUGCCUGUUUCAAGUAUUUCCUGCUGUUUUGGACUCGGUUUCCUAACGCCAUUUUGAUUUUAAUCUGUAACUUUUCUUUGGCACUGUGUUUUAGUUUUAAUCUGGUUUAACUGUGUUUCAGGUUUAGUUUUAAUCGGGUUUAACUGUGUUUUGUAUUUUAGUUUUGGUUUUUGAGUCUCAGUUAAAUAUCUUGGUUUAGGUUUGACUGGUUUAAUUUAAGGUUUAUAAGGAAGAAGGUUUAGAUCAAGAGUUUUCGGUCUAAAGGUUUUUGGUUUAUAGUCAAUAAGUUAUUUUGUUUUGUUUUUGUUGAGAAACCUACACUUUGAGUCACUGUUCCUAUUUUUGCAUCUCCUCGCGUCUUAGCCCUAACGAUCUUGCUUUUUCUCAUUGUUCAAGCGAGUGCCCCCAUAGUUAGCAUUUUUAUUUAGCUUUAUUCAUUCUUUUUCUAAGUGUACCCUUUUUCCGGGUUACACACGCAGUGUGCACAUGAACAUGUACUUGCUUGUGAAAUUAAUGGUGGUGAAAGGUGAUUAUGGACGGGGAUGUGACGUAUAGGCACAACGGCAGAUCUCUGGCGUAAUUCACGAGCCUCGAAGUGUGACGUCAGAUGUUCAGGCUACCGUUUUUUAGCGCUGAUAUUCACAACGUACCCAGAGGGAGCAUGAACAGCAAAUGUUCACCUGCGUGUAUAGGCAGUUAAAAUGACAUUUAUUUAAAAGCAUAUCACAUUCGUUGAAAAGCCCAGAGAUUGUGUACUAGUGUGCCUAUUUAGCACCAGGAAAUCAGAUCAGUAAACCAUACCCAGACACGGCUUAUUAUUAUAAUUAUAAUAACAAAAAUAGGAAAGGCGUUGUCAUUUCGAUUUUCAAAACAUAAUUUGAUUUACUGUUGUGGUGUUGUGGUACCAAAAACUAAAAAGUGUUUCGUAAUCCAAAUGAGUAUGUCCAAAUAGAGCAUUCGUCUUGGUUUAAAUUUGUUGUUUAUUUUUUAAAUUAUAAACAGCAAAAAUGUGUAGCUUUGCCUUUGAAAUUAUAUCAUAAUACUUGUCACAUAAUCAUCAAACGAGGCAAGCAAUGCUUGCCCCCCCCCCCC